AUGGUUCAUGGGAUUAUGGAGGUAGUUAGGGAGGUACAUGAAGGGGUAAGAUGGAUAAUUAUGGGGGACGAUGAUUCAAUAUUUUUUGUGGAUAAUAUGGUUGAUAUUCUUGCACAAUAUGAUCAUACAAAACAUUAUUAUUUUGGAGGACAUUCAGAAUUUAUAUUGUCAAAUUAUUGGUACUCAUUUAAUCAAGCUUUUGGUGGAGCUGGAAUUAUAAUGAGUUAUCCUUUGGCUAAAGAAUUUGCAAAAAAUGUUAUGUCUUGCUUAAAGAGAUAUGCACACUUGACAUCUGCUGAUAGAACAACAAUGAAUUGUAUAGCUGAUAUUGGAGUCAAUCUCUCUCCUCUUCAGGGUAUUCAUCAGAUUGAUCUUCGUGGUGACAUAUCUGGAUUUCUAUCGUAUCAUCCAAAGUCUCUAUUAAUGUCCCUUCAUCAUUUUGACAUGGUUGAUCCAAUUUUUCCUUCUAUGGAUCGUGUAAAAUCAGUGUUCCACCUCCAAAAAGUUGCAAAAUAUGAUCAAUCGCGCAUGUUACAACAAACUAUAUGCCACCAUAGGUCUAAAAGUUGGACAUUUUCAGUUUCUUGGGGAUACUCAGCUCAUAUUUAUGAGAAAAUUAUGCCUAGAAGUUGGAUACAAAGGCCAAUUGAAACGUUUAAAACAUGGCAACCAAGUCCUAAUCCACCAUAUUACAUGUUUGAUGUUAGAAGUCCUUCUUGGGAUCCUUGUGAAGCUCCUCAUGUAUUUUUCUUCAAGUCCGUUAAGAAAACUCAAAGAGGUGAAAUUCUUACUACGUAUACUAGAGGAUGGCCUCGAGGGAUUGGAGCUUGUUUAUCUUCUGGAAAUUUUUCUGCAGAGUAUGUUUCUAAAAUUCAUGUUUACUCGUCAACAACCAAACGUAUCCGGAUCGAUAAAUGUGAAUGUUGUGAUAUAAUCCAUGAGGCAGGAUCAAAUAAGGCUGAUAUCAAAUAUAGAGAGUGUAAGAUAAAUGAGAUAAUAGCUUGA